AUGGCAACAGGAUCAAAGUUUUUGGACAAUGCAAUGAUAGGAGGUUCUCACUCUCUCACUGCCUCCAACCAUCUUCAUGUGUUAAGAAGUGGGGCAAUGAAAGAAGAGGCACCUGUAGCCACAUGGAUUGGUCAUAUCCCUGCAAAGUUCAAUGGUUCUGAAGACAUAAAAAAUGGCAGAGAGAAAAACCAACCCAAUUCUGUCUUCCCAGCCUCAGAUAUAAAAAACAGCUCCAUUCCUCUGAAUCUUUUGGAAACUCUCCCACCAUUAACUAUGGCACCGUGUUUUGAUGAGUCAGUUGCUUCUUUAGCAUCUUCUUCUGCCACACCCAAUUUUCCAAACUUGACUUUGUUUUUGCAGGAACCCUCAUUGGUGUACUCAUCAUCCUCAAAUAUCAAAGGUGGUGAAGUCAUAUCAGUAACUUCAGACCCCGCAUAUCAAGUGCCUCACUUUGGCCAAAACCAGCAUCAAGCACAUCAAGCAGGUGGUGGUGAUGCACACAACAUAAACAAGAACCUAACAAAUUCUCGGUCCAAGUCUUUCAGUGAGAAUUGGUUGGGUACCACUAGGACUCAGCCUAUGAAGUUUGGUGGAAGAGGGAAGCUGUUUAAAGGGGUGAGGCAGAGACACUGGGGAAAAUGGGUUGCUGAGAUUAGAUUACCAAGAAACAGGACAAGGGUUUGGCUAGGGACUUUUGACACAGCUGAAGAUGCUGCCAUUGCAUAUGACACAGCAGCAUACAUACUAAGAGGAGAAUAUGCUCAGUUGAACUUCCCAGAUCUCAAGCAUGUAAUCCAGGCCAAUUCUCUGAAUGGAACCACUGCUGCACUUGUGGAGGCAAAACUACAAGCAAUAUCACAAGGUGAUUCUUCUCAUAGGAAGCCCACUGACACACCAGCAGGGUCAAGCAACAAGCACACUGAUGAGAAUGGCAAAUUGAAAAGUACAAAUGGUAAGGAUUCAACCAUGAAGGAGUGGCAGUUUGAUACUGAAAGAAGCAAAAGUACACACCAUGAGACAUCAGAUGUGGAAACGGUCCAGUUAAGUAGAAUGCCCUCCUUAGACAUGGACAUGAUUUGGGAUGAACUUUUAGUCUCUAAUUCAUGA